UGGCGGGAGGGGUGGGGGAUUGCUUCCGUUCCCCCUGCCCCUCCUUACAGCAUAGCGAGGGUACUCUCACAGUUUAAGAAUACAAACACUGCUAACAAACCUCUGGCUGUGCUUCAACUAGCACUACUACAGUCUUCCCCUCCCUGCUCCCUCUCCCGCACACAUGAAAUCCUGCCAGAGCCUGAAGGAAGAGGUGUCCAGCCCCGGCCCAGGUGGGAUGUCCCAGGAGGAGAACCGCAGAACGCAGCAGGUGGCCCAGUCCUACUACCAGUCCCCCGCCUCCGCUCCUGACCUGGACCUAGCGGGCAAGCUGUACAAGCGGGAGGGCGGGGGCAAGCCUUACUCUGUGCUAGUGGACAACAAGAUGGCAGCCAAGACCCCCAUGGGUGACCAGACCCCCGGUCAGCUUCCCCCGCAGCACGUCACCUCCCCCCAGCAGCAGUACUACAGAGAGGGGACAGUAGGGCAGGAGGGGGGCGUGCAGGGGGCCCAGGCAGGCAACGGGGGCACCUCCGAGGACUCGGAGGAGGAGGAGGAGUCCUUCAAGCGUGAGCAGAUCAUCGUGGAGGUCAACCUGAACAAUCAAACCCUUAAUGUAUCAAAGGGGGACAAGUCCGCCCCCCAAACCGACGCCUCAGAGAGACACUGCAGUGAGGAGGAGGAGGAUGAUGAAGAGGAGGAGGAGGAGGAGGAAGAAGAUGAGGAAGAAGAAGAGGAGGAGGAAGAGGAGGAGGAAGAAGAAAUAGAGAGCCGUAGAACGAGAGCCAAGAGGGCUUGGCGUGGGGUGGCCCCCGCUACCAGCCAGCCCCGGAGGAAGACCCAGUGCACCGCUCUGAGCACCACCGGCAUGACCACCAGGGGCCGACGGAAGAAGACCACCCAGCCGCCCAAGAGGACGCGCCGGACUGCCAGGGAGGGCAAGGGGACCCCCUCCUCAGCUGUCUCUGCCACAGGGGAUAAAGCGGAUGGGGAGGAGAGGGAGACGCUGGCGUGUGAGAAGUGCCCACGCGUCUUCAACACCCGCUGGUACCUAGAGAAACACAUGAACGUCACACACAGACGCAUGCAGAUCUGUGACAAGUGUGGCAAGAAGUUUGUCCUGGAGAGUGAGCUGGCCUUACACCAGCAGACCGACUGUGAAAAGAACAUCCAGGUAAGGAGGAGAGCUGGAGUGCGUCCCAAAUGGCCCCCUAUUCCCUAUACACUACUACUUUUGAACAGAGCCCCAUGGGAGCCCUGGCGGCAGGUAGCUUAGUGGUUAAGAGCGUUGUGCCAGUAACCGAAAGGUCGCUGGUUUUAAUCCCCGAGCCGACUAGGUGAAAAAUCUGUCGAUGUGCCCUUGAGCAAGGCACUUAACCCUAAUUGCUCCUGUAAGUCGCUCUGGAUAAGAGCGUCUGCUAAAUGACAACAACAACAAUAAAAUUGUACACUAUGUAGGGAAUAUGGGGUCGUUUGGGAUGCAGCCCUGGUCUCGGCUGUUUAAAUAGAUGUACAAGAUGUUUUUGACAUGAGCAAUCAAAACAACUCCAUUGAUUAGGUACAUUGGCUACAGUUACUUACCAGGCACAGUGAAACUAAAAUCUCAGUCUGUCAUCAGGGCCAGAUUUCUGGGCUUUUGAUGGAUGUAAUUAACGUUUUGUCCAGCAGAGGGAAUCGGAGCAUUAGGAACCAGCCAGACAGAUACUGUUACAGCAGUGUGGGGAAACACCAUCUGCAGCGCCAGACACUGUGAUUGGCUCAGCUGCUACCUCGUGUUCUUGGAUUCUGUCAGGGUGUAUCAGGCUAAUCAGUGUCACAAAACAACAACGAUCAUCACCUGUUACUUAAUGUGUUAUUUGUGUGUGUUUUUCUGCUGCUCAGUGCGUCUCCUGCAACAAGUCUUUCAAGAAGCUGUGGUCGCUGCACGAGCACAUCAAGAUUGUGCACGGCUACGCGGAGAAGAAGUUUGCCUGUGAGAUCUGUGAAAAGAAGUUCUACACAAUGGCUCAUGUCCGCAAGCACAUGGUUGGUAGGUGGACCCCAGUUUGUCUGUUCCUGCUCUCCCUGGUAACUUCCAAAUGUCCCUAAUAGUAUAUACAGUGCCUUGCAAAAGUAUUCAUACCCCUUGGAUGUCUUCACAUGUUAUUGUUACAAAGUAGGAUUAAAAUGGAUUUCAUUUUCAUUUUUGUCAACAACCUACACAAAAUACUCUGUCAAAGUGGAAGAAAAUGUUGAUAAAAAAAAAAACGUUUAUAUAAGUUAAAUAUAGUUGUUGAAUAAGUAUUCAGCUCCCUGAGUCAAUGUUAUAUAACACUUUUGGCAGCGAUUACAGCUCUGAGUUUUCUUGGGCAAGUCUCUAAGAGCUUUACACACCUUUAUUGUGCAAUAUUAGCCCAUUUUUCUUUUCAUAAUUAUUCAAGCUCUGUCAAGAUGUUGGGGAUCAUGGCCAGACAGUCUUGCCAUAGAUUUUCAAGCAGAUUUAAGUCAAAACUGUCGCUUGGCAACUCAGGAACAUUCACUGUCUUCUUGGUAAGCAACUCCAGUGUAGAUUUGGCUUUGUGUUGUAAAUGAUUGUCCUGCUGAAAGGUGAAAACCUGAAGCAGGGUUUCCUCUAGGAUUUUGCCUGUGUUUAGCUCCAUCCCGUUUCUUUUUAUCCUGAAAAACUCACCAGUAUUUGCCAAUGUCAAGCAUACCCAUACCAUGAUGCAGCCACCACCAUGCUUGAAAAUAAGGAGGCCGUUACUCAGUGAUGUGUUGUGUUGGAUUUUCCCCAAACAUAAGGCUUUGCAUUUAGGCCAAAAAGUGUAUUCCUUUGCCGUGUUUUUUUGCAGUAUUACUUUAGUGCCUUGAUGCAUGUUUUGGAAUAUUUGUAUUCUGUAUAUUUGUAUUCUUCUUUUCACUCUGUCAUUAUUGUGGAGUCACUACAAUGUUGUUGAUCCAUCUUCAGUUUUCUCCCAUCACUCUAACUGUUUUAAUCACCAAUUGCCUCAUGGUAACAUCCCUGGGUGGUUUCAUUCCUGUCCUGCAGCUCAGUUCAGAAGGAAGACUGUAUCUUUGAUGUGUCUGGGUGGCUUAAUACAUAAUCCACAGCAUAAUUAUUAACUCGACCACGCUUAAAGAUAUAUUGAAUGUCUGAUUUGUUAUUGUUACCCAUCUACCAAUCACUGCCCUUCUUUAUGAGGCUUUAUAUGAGGCUUUAGAAAAGCUCCCUGGUCUUUGUAGUUUAAUCUGUGCUUGAAAUUCAAUAUUUGACUGAGGGACCUUACAGAUGUUGUAUGUAUGGCGGACAGAGGAAAGGUUAGUCAUUCAAAAAUCAUGUCAACCCCUAUUAUUUUAGAGUCUGUAAUUUAUUAUAUGAUUUGUUAAGCCAAAUUUUACUCCUGAACUAAUUUAGGCUUGCCUGAACAAAGGGGCUGAAUACUUAGGCAACGACUAUAUUUUAGUUAUCUACAUGGAAUUAUUCUUCCACUUUCACAUUAGAGUAUUUUGAGUAGAUUGUUACAAAAAAUGAUAAUUAAAUCCAUUUUAAUCCCACUUUGUAACAUUAAAAUGUGAAGAAAUCCAAGCGGUAUGAAUACUUUUGCAAGACUGUGUACAUCCGUCUCAAUUGGAAAUAACUCACCCUCUUACCUUUCUUGUUCUUAUUCAUGGAGCAACAUUCAGAUCUCUCACUUUUAUUGAGAGAGAACAUAAAUACUCCUUCACUUUUGAGCACAAUGAAACACGGUUUUAACGCCCCAAUAUUUAUCCCCUGUCCCUCUCUGGUAGGUGCUCUUCUUUAACCUGUUCCUUUCUCUCUGCAGCCCACACUAAGGACAUGCCGUUCACCUGUGAGACCUGUGGCAAGUCGUUCAAGCGCAGCAUGUCCCUGAAGGUGCACUCGCUGCAGCACUCUGGGGAGAAGCCCUUCCGGUGUGAG